CCUCGUCAACCUCACCACGGCAACGAGCCCGACCAGCCCUCCCCCUCCGCCCCCGCGACCGCGUCCCUCUCCAAGCGCUGCCGUGAGCCCGCCUUCGCAGUCACGGGGAACGCGACGAGCUCCCGCGGCGGCGGCGGCCUCCGCGAGAAGGCGAGGGCCGUCGCCCGCCUCGCCGGAUCCGGCUCCCGCCAUACGCAUGCCGAUGCUCAGUACUCCGGGGGUCCGGUCCCCGGGGUCGCGUUCGACCCCUUCGACAUCGAGGCCGACCCUCCACCGUUGGCGUUGACGCACGAGCAGAUCAAGCUAUGCAAGGAUGCGCUCGCGCAUUUCGAGCGGAGGAGCAAGCAGCUGGAUGCCUUGUCCGACGAGUUCCAACGGCUUCAGGGCAUGAGAACAAUGCAUCCGGAGAUGAUGAAAAUGUCCACUGUAGCUCGUGAUGCUGCCAAUAGGGAGAAAAACCGCUAUAUUGAUGUCUUACCAUUUGAUGAUACCAGGGUACGGCUAAAAUCAUCAGCAACCAGUCAAAUUUCAGGCAAUGAUUACAUCAAUGCAAGCUUUGUAAAGGCUACUGAGGACAACAGUGUUGCAAGAUUUAUUUCCACCCAAGGACCACUAGUCAGGACAUUUGAGGAUUUUUGGGAAAUGGUUUGUGAAAAUCAGUGUCCUGUGAUUGUUAUGCUCACACAGUUCGACAGUGUUAAGUGUGAUGAGUAUCUUCCAUUGCAAAAUGGUCAAGGGACGUAUGGAAAGUAUAAUGUUAAGAUUAGGAAGGACACAAGAGAUAAGCAUCAAUUUUGUCUGCGUGCUGUGGAGGUGCAGUGCAAUGAGUCAGGCAAGGUUCAUUCUGUACUCCAUAUAGAGUAUCCUGAUUGGCCCGACCAUGGCGUACCAACAAGCACUGAUGCUGUGCGACAAAUUCAAAAACGGUUACAUCACAUUCCGAGAGAACAUCCUAUAGUUGCACAUUGCAGUGCAGGAAUUGGGAGAACUGGUGCUUACAUCACCAUCCAUAGUUCAAUUGAGAGAAUUCUCCUUGGAGACACAAGCUCUUAUGAUCUUGUUGAAACUGUAAAAAAAUCUAGGUCCCAGCGAACUGGAAUGGUUCAAACUGAGCAACAAUACAUGUUCUGCUACCGUGCAAUUGCGGAUGAGCUGAAAGAUCUGCUGAGUUCAUCAGGCCAUUGAGGUAUUUCUAAGGAAGAACUGGACUGCUUGUCGCCCUUCUAUUUCCAUAGUAAACCGAAGCAUCUUGUUGCUUGUUGCGUUUGUUAGGGCACCAGUGCAUUAAGACCACUAUUUCAACCUGGUCUCCAAUAUUGUUAAGACAACUGCUUGUUGAAGAAUCAGUAGAGUUUACAACAUCUGGUGGACCCAAGCAUGUAAACAGCCCUCCGGGAAUCAUUCCUCGACCAACAGUAGCAGAAUCAUGGGUCCCUUUCCCUUGUGGAUGAUUUAUAUUGUUUCCCAAGACACCACAAAGAUGAAUGCCAGGCGUAUAUAGUUAGAUGAGACCAAUGCAUCGUUGAUUGUAUCGAAACUGAAAACUGGGCAUCUGGGACGAUUAUUUGGUUAUUUAUUGUGUCCCAGUGGGAGCCUUUCUCAGUA